GGUUAGGUGGGCGUGUGGGAGAGCUAUUUGUAGAAUACUUGUAUCUGGACGGAGAAACGACUGAAGUUCUCACUAAGACGUAAAGCAGCGAUAGCCCCCGCGGUAUCUACCUUCCUGGUCACAGACAUCCGUAUUCUUGCUGCUUUCCAGUAAAUAAAGGCUGAAGCACUUUUGCUUUCAUUCUGAGGAGAGUUACUGUCCUCAGCAGGCGUCCUUUGGAAAGCCAAGCGUUCUGCUAGAGGAGUUGGAAUGAGAUUCCUGGUCUGCGCUGGGCUGUCUUGUGUUGCAAGAAGGAAAUCUCCCGUGUACGGAUUGGCUGAUGCAGAGUACCAUUUCUCCCGUGUGCUGUGCCGGUGACUCCUGAUGGUUGGCACACCUGCGUCCUCACUCUGCCAGUGGAGAGGAGCUUCUGUUCCAAUUUCCUGGAUGGCUGGUUGGAAGGUAGAUGAGUAAGCUGCAGACAUGGAAGGGAAAGGACCCUACCGCAUCUACGACCCUGGUGGUGGGACGCAGGAAGAAGCAGCAGCAGCCUUUGAGCGGCUGGUGGAGGAGAACACCCGGCUGAAGGAGAAGAUGCAAGGGAUAAAGUCUCUAGGAGAACUGCUGGAAGAGUCCCAGAUGGAAGCGUCGAAACUGCGGCAGAAGGUAGAGGACCUCGUGAAGGACAAUGAGAUGCUGAGGUCUUCCUCCUUUGACAAACUGGCUGAAAUAACAGGAGGUGAUGCAGAGCCCAACCAGUCCCCCACGGGUCCAGGCAAAACUGAGAAGCAGCAGGAUACCCAAGCUCAGAAGCCUCCGUCCACUGGGUCCUCGUCAGAGUUCGAAAUUGUAUCCAGUGAGGACAAGAGGUUUUCCCAGGAGAGCAGGAAGUCGGAGGUGGAGCUGCAGAACGAGGACACUAACCUGAUGCUGCACCUACAGCGGCUGGAGAGCACCCUGAGCGUCUUCGCUGAGGAGCCGGACAAGAACCAGGUCUUGGCUCACCUGGGGCGCAUGGCCCUGGAGUUUAACCGUCUGGCCUCCAAAGUGCACAAGAACGAGCAGAGGACGUCCAUUCUGCAGACGCUGUGUGAGCAGCUGCGCAAUGAGAACGAGGACCUGCGGGCAAAGCUGGAGAAGGAUUUGGAGCAGAGGAACCAGGCUAUGGAGAAACUAAGGUGCGAGAACCUGGAGCUGCGGAAGAUGGUGAUGAGCAGCAAGGCGGGCGUGAAGGGGGAAGGUGUGGAGAGCGCCGGCCAGCAGCAGAGCGGGGCGCCGGCAGAGAAAGCAGCGGGCAAGGGCACGGCGGGGGCCAGUGAGAAGAAGGUGAAGAUCCUCGAGCAUCAGCGCAAUGAGCUGCUGGAGGUGAACAAGCAGUGGGAUCAGCACUUCAGGACCAUGAAGCAGCAGUACGAGCAGAAGAUCACAGAUCUGCGCCAGAAGCUGGCGGACUCGCAGCGGGCGCUAAGCGAGCAGGAGGCGGAACGGGAGCAGAAGCAAAGGGACUUUGAUCGCAAGCUGCUCCUGGCCAAAUCCAAGAUCGAAGUGGAGGAGGCAGACAAGGAGAGGCUGGCUGGGGAACUGCAGGAGCUGAAGCAGAGGGUCCGGUUCCUGCAGGAGCAGCUGGCACCGGUCACCAAGCAAAGGGAGUACCAGGAGAGGGAGAUCCAGAGGCUGAACAAGGUAGGCAGCCUGGCAGCGCCCGCCCCCGAUAAACCAAGGGCCUUGCCUGCAAGGCAGCACAGAGGCUGCAGCGAGUUCCCUGUCCGCUCUGACCCUGGCCCGUCUCUCCUCCAGCUGCGGGUUUUUAAGGACGACUAUCAGAGGGAGAAGGAGGAGAAGGAGAAACUGAAGAAGCUGCUGAAGCAGCACAAGCAGGUUUCCGGAGAGAGGUUGCACCCAGAGCCGCUCCAGGGGCCCCUCGGCCCUGCCUGCCCCGUGUACCAGUUCCAGUACAGCCCGCCCGGGCCCCACCACGUCUACCGCGGCUAUGAGGACUGGCAGCAAAUCCGGUACCCGCCGUCCGCCAUGCCAGGCGAGCACCCACCAGUGCAAAACUUCCAUCACUUCCCUCCUCCAGAAUAUGCCUGGCGCCCACCUUGUGCUGUGUCAAGGACCCAGAACUCCCAAGCAGUGGAGGGAGUGAAACCGCUGCCCAAGGAACCCGAGCCUGCAGGGCUUGGGUUACCGAAACCCCAAAGGCCGGUUUAGCUGUGGGCUGAUGUCAGCAGAAGAGCAGGGUGGGAGGGAGGUGCCCGUGUAUGUAGAGAGCCUGCCUCCUGCUACUCAUCCGUGCUCACGCCCUGUGUAUAUAACGGCAGAUCCUUGACGGUCUGGAACGUCUCCCUCGGGAGCCACUGAAGAGAGACCUCCCCGUGCUCUUGGGAGGAGUGGAGGAGCAACUGGCAAGGAAGCCGCUGCUGGGUGCUUCCUGGAGUCCGGCCUCCAGGGGUUACAGCCCCGUCCAGUUACCUUGUUCCUCAUCCGCCACUUUGGUUUUAAUCGACUCCCAGCCUUUCUUCGGCUAAGGGGAGCCCCUGCGGGGAGCCUCCUGUUUCCCAUGUUCCAACAGAGCCUUCGGUGGAGGCGUUGGUAGUUGAACGUGUGUGAGACUUUUCCUGCCGAAUAGUGAUGGGGAGAGCUGCCCUAUCCAAUCCCAUAACUAGCAGAGCUCUUCCCAGGGAUGCCCGCUAAACCCACGUCUAAUUCCCUGGAGAGCCCUGUGUGUUUCCAUUGUUCAAAGGAAGCCGUUUGUCUGUCACUUAGCGGGGAAGGCUCUGGAACGGAGAACGAGCGCACGAGCUUGAAUGGCUUUUCAACACCCGCCUCCAGGGGCCAAAUGUAAACGGGUCUGGGCUCUCCAUAGACCCUCUGGCAUGUAGCGCGUGCGCCAUGUAGAUACCGCCCGGCCCUCUGUACAUACCUAUAGAUACACGCUUGCUGUCUAUACACCGCAUGGCAACCCUCAGUCUCUUCAGACUGAUCUCACCAGCCAGUCUCGGCGCGAUCCAGGAGCCCCAGGGCUGCGGUGUGCCAUUACCCUGCUUUUAUUGCUCCCAGGGAGCAGGUCUGCCCUCUUCUCCCGCGUCCCCAACAGAGCGGGGAGCCGCGUUUCAGCAGAGUUCAUAUUUCAGGGCCCCAUUCAGCCAGGUACUUGGGCACACGUCCUACAUCGGGUGCGCUUUGAAGUCCGUGGGACUUCUCACCUGCUCCAAGGCAAGCGUGUGCUAGACGACCUUUCUGGACUGGGGCCGCAGGGGGGAGAAGGAAACCGCCGGGGAGCAGCAAACCACAGACAUGAGUUUGGGGGCCCAGCCAGACUGGUUCUAUGCCAUCUUGUUUAGCCCACUGGGCCUGUGCCCUGGUUUGCCUUGCUCCGCGGGCUCCCCGGGGUAGCUGUUGCAGGCCACGUGCUGGCGUAUGCUGAACUGGAGGCUGGGAGAACUUGCUGUUUCCUCCUGGAGGAGUGAUGGGACCUUCCAAAGAAAACGGUGGCGAUGAAACCAGGUCUGAGGACAGGGAAGGAAUGACCAGGGUUCUGAUCCCUCGGGUGCUGGGGAGGCCCUGUGCUCUCCCAGAGGAGGCUGGAGUGUCUGUUCUUGUGUACGUGCCGCGUGUGCUGUGGAUUGUUGGUAAUAAAUCCGGUGUGUGUCCAUGCUGACGCGUAACGUGUGCUUUGCGGGGGACUCUCGCCUCUCCUUUCCUUGUGGACGUCACCUCCCCGGUCCCUCCAGUUCUCUGUUAGCGGUGUGGGCUAUUUCUGGGGAGCAGCCGCUAGCCUCUGCCGUUCUCGCUCCUGUUUAACAACUUGAGGGGAAGAAGAGGAGCCGCUCCAGCUGGUCGGCCCUGCGGAGAAAACCCCCACCUCAUGUGUGCCCCGCCCUUGUUCUGUCUGCUUGGGUUUCUGUUCUGAGAUGUGCAGGGACCCCUCCCUCCCAAGAUGCGGUCAGUCCUUGGAAAGGCACUAAACCCCGUCACAGCGGGGUACUGGAAUGACAGCGAAUGAGGUAGCACCCCCAGCUCCUUAAAUCGCUCCGAAGCUGGAGCAAAGGCCGGAUAGUUGGCUUGUGUAUCGUGCCUCUGUACUGGUAGAUGUUUUAACACACCCCCUGUCUGCGCGUGCACGCUCUCCAUUUAAAUCUGCCGCAUAAACCAGAGGGUGUGAAUUUAAACCCCGAUGGAGUUUGCGGUAGGGGAGGCCCGCUGAUCUGUCUGCUUGUUGACUCUGCGCCUGUUCCAAUCCAUAGGGUGCAUUCACUGGAUUGUUGUCCGCGAUAUCGAGGCUCCAGCCUCCCCAACCACCUGCCUCUGGAGCCAGCGGCACACCACCGAGGGGGUCAGGCUGUUGACUGAACAGCGCUGUUUACAGAGCUGGUCUCUGGUUCACGUGAGCGGCCCCCGUGAGUGAUUUAGGGAGCUGGAAGUGCUCCGUCAUGCUGCCGCCUGUGUGGGAGGGAUUUGGCCAUGGGGUGUGGAGACAAGGCCGCCAGUGUGACCCAGGCUACCACGGUGGCUUUGCCCAUCUGUAGGGCCUCGUCCAUAGAGGGUUGUGCCUGAAUGGGCUUGUUCCUUUGGCUCAAAUCUGACCUACUUGCCCCACUCCAACAACAAAAGCCCAGUUCUAGGAACAGGCUGGGCAUGGCUGUACUGUCACCGUGAAUGUGCCUCUUGCAGACAAGACACCAGCUGUAAGGUGACGUGCACGGGUGUAAAACGCCCUGUGGUCUGAUCUCCCCUGACUCGCUCACUCCGCUCUGUGGGCCCCUCGAGUCCCUCUGUGACUGUCCAGUUCUCCUUGUGGAUAGCUUUUUCCAGCGUGGCUCCGAAACGCAGCCUCUUGUCCCUUUGCUCUGUGCACGGGGGCUACAUCCCAGCUCCGGAGCGAGACCUGGAUCUGUGGAACUCUGGGCUGGAUUCGUGUAUGUGACACACCAGCCCGGCUCCAGAUGGAAGCCAGUCCGAAGAAUGACCUCUACCUAGUUUGUGCGUUUGGAUUCAACAUGAAACGCCUCUCUAGCUCGGGGCUUCCUUUCUCUAGCUCUGCUGUGUGUUUGCUAUGCGCAGAACCGCAGUUAUUGCAGCUGAACAGGGGUGAAGGGGGCUGACUUCUUACCCCAAUCCCCGUGGGUUCCUCACACAGAGAAGACCAUUACCAUGUAUCUGGGAUGUUUCACAAUCCUUUUUGCCCACACAGCUAACACAUGCUAAUAUUUUAAACUGGUACAAAUCCAGCCACUCAGCCUAGGUUUUGAAAUGCAGCCUAAAUAGCAAAUAUCCUGGCAAACGAUGCUUUAUCCCCCCUCCCCCUCCAGCCCUCCUACGUGGCAGAUGUAUACCCCAGAAAUACGUGCAUCUUUUGUAGAAAUCUGUGAAACAGGUUGGUUUGUUUCUGUGCAGAAAAUGACUUUGAAUUGUAAUGAUAAUUAUUCCUUUGCAAGAAUCCUUAAUAAACGAUCUGGAGACUAUCCGGCUGAGAUGUUA